UACAAUUCGUCCCCACCACCACUCCCAUUCAUUCAAUUCAAAAUCUAUUAUUCAUUCAUUCAAACUAUUUUACGUCCCAUCACCACCCAAUCUCUCUCUUCCCUCCUUCCAUAAUACCAAUCCUUCUCUCACGCAUAUUACCAAAAGUCACCGUCAUAAUGAAAGCUGCAUCGGGCGGAGAACCUCCCCCACCGCAACCAGACUCAUCACCACCACCAACACCAACACCGAGCCGUUACGAGUCACAAAAACGACGAGACUGGAACACGUUCCAGCAGUAUCUUCCAAACCACAAACCACCGUUAACUCUAGCACGUUGCAGCGGAGCGCACGUGAUUGAGUUUCUGAAAUACCUCGAUCAGUUCGGGAAGACGAAGGUGCACGUGACUGGCUGUCCUUAUUUCGGACAACCUAACCCUCCCUCGCCGUGCGCUUGUCCGCUCAAGCAAGCCUGGGGAAGUCUCGACGCUCUCAUCGGACGUCUCAGAGCCGCUUUCGAGGAAAACGGCGGGAAUCAGGAGAGUAAUCCGUUUGGAACUAAAGCGGUUAGGAUUUAUCUCAGAGAAGUUAGAGAAAGUCAAGCUAAAGCUAGAGGAAUUCCUUACGAGAAGAAGAAACGAAAGAGAUCCAGUGUUACCACCGCUGCUAUUGUAGCAGCAGCGGUGGUAACAAAUGGAGAAUCAGGUGAUGGUGGCGUUUCUAACAAUUCUGUCACCGUCACACCUGUUGUUAGUGUCACUGCUGAGAUAGUAUAGUAUUUAAUUUUUCUUUUACUAAUUUAUACAUUUGAAUGGGAUUAGUAUUAUCUACCUUUAAUUUUAGGAGAAUUAAUCAUGAUUAUGGUUUUAUAAGUUAAUUACAUAUUUAUGAUGAAUUUUUAGAUUGAACUUUAGUCCGUCAAAAAUGAUGUUAGUUAGUUUAUGAUCACGCUCAGACGCCCCGGAGUUGAUUUAUGUAUCGAGUCUUGGCCGGUCCAGAACAAUUAUCCUCGGGGAGUUAGUUGAAAAGGAACUUGAUGAACUAGUAGAUUCCAAAGUCUUUCAUUUUCUGGUUAAUUAAAUUUAUGAGUGUGAUGUGAGGUUAGAGAUUAUAUAUUCAAACUGGGUGACAUAUUUCUAUGAUGAUGCCAUUAGGGAAACCAGCAAAUGACUUGUAUAGAUUAUUUUCUUUUAUGAUGACAUUUCUACUUUUGUCUUGACUUGGUGAUGAUGAUGAAACACCAAUCAGUGAUGUGCAGUUGGAAAACAAUUAAGUGGAAAUUUGAAAGAUGAGGAAAGGGACAAAAACAAUAUAUUUCAUUUUGGAAAGAAAUCAAUUAAUUGACACCUUCCAUUAUUA